GUCGCAUUCUGAUGAGUUCAUUGCCUGUGGAAUCGGGUCGGGAGAACCUGGCUCCAGUAGGCUUGUACUUGAGCUCUAAGCCCCCUCGUCUAGGGGAGUGACAGUUCGACAGAUUUACCAAGCGUGCACAUUCUGGAUUUCAAAUUAGUUCUCAGUAAUGGGAAGAACCUACAUUGUCGAUGAAACUGUUGGCCAGUAUCUUUCAAACAUCAGUCUCCAAGAAAAAUCUUUUGUGUCUGGUCUUUUAAUAGGACAGUGUUCGUCACAAAAGGAUUAUGUGAUUCUUGCCACUAGAACACCACCCAAAGAGGAGCAAAAUGAGAACCUCAAACAUCCCACAGUUAAAUUGGAUAACUUGGAUGAAGAAUGGGCUACAGAACAUGCUAACCAGGUAUCCAGAAUGUUACCUGGUGGACUUUUAGUUCUUGGAGUAUUUAUUAUUACGACUUUAGAAAUGGGAAAUGAUUUUCAAAAUACCCUGCGUAGACUUGUAUUUGCUGUGGAAAAAUCAAUGAAUAAAAAAAAACUGUGGAAUUUCACAGAAGAAGAAAUCUCAGAACGAGUGACACUUCAUAUUUGUUCUUCUACAAAAAAGACAGUUUGUCGAACUUACGACAUUCAUGAUCCAAAGAGUUCAGCAAAACCAGCAGAUUGGAAGUAUCAAAAUGGACUAUCAUCUUCAUGGGUUUCUUUAGAGUGUACAGUUCAUAUUAAUAUUCAUAUUCCACUCUCUGCUACUUCUGUCAACUAUACCUUGGAAAAAAAUACAAAGACUGGACUAGCACGCUGGGCCAAGCAAAUAGAAAAUGGUGUUUAUCUGAUUAAUGGACAAAUUAAAGAUGAAGAUGGUGACCUAUUAGAAGGACAGAAAAAAUCUUCCAGAGGAAAUGUUCAAGCAACUAGCCAUUCUUUUGAUGUCAGAGUGCUAACACAGUUGCUUUUGAAUUCAGAUCAUAGAUCGACAGCCUCAGUCCAGAUCUGCAGCGGCUCUGUAAAUCUUAAGGGUGCUGUGAAAUGUCGAGCUUAUAUACAUUGCAAUAAACCCAAGGUUAAAGAUGCUGUGCAGGCAAUGAAGAGAGAUAUUUUGAAUACAGUUGCUGACCGUUGUGAAAUAUUAUUUGAGGAUCUUCUUUUAAAUGAAAAUCCAGAAAAAAAAGAUUCUGGAAAAGAGUUCCACAUUCUUCCUCUCCGAGUUUUUGUCCCCAUUCCAGGAUCCUCUGUAAUGUUAUGUGACUAUAAAUUUGGUGAUGAGUCAGCUGAAGAAAUCAAAGACCAUUUUAGAGAAAUGUUAGAUCAUACAAUUCAACUAGAAGAUUUGGAAAUUGCUGAGGAAAUAAACACAGUAUGUGUCAGUUCCUCUAUAAAUACUGAACCUUCAUUGGAUAACACAGAUGAUGAACAGCCAAAACAACCAAUUAAAACUACAAUGGUAUUGAAAAUUCAGCAACACAUAGGUGUGAUUGCAGCAUUUGCAGUUGCAGUCCUUGCUGCGGGUCUCUCCUUUCAUUACUUCAGUGAUUAGGGUGAGGCACAGAGAGCUUCCUGAUCAACCAGAGAACAGUGACCAGCAAUUAUGAAUAAUAAAGAUGUAAACCAUCCAUCUGCACUUAAGACAAUAGCAGCCAGAUCUGCUGCCGUAAUGCCUAAAAAUGAAAUCACCAGCUGCCUUGUUUAGCUUUGCUUAUAUUAUAGGUGGCCCAGGCUUCCAAAAAUAAAAAUAUGCAUCUAAAAGGGAGUUGCAUGUAACAAUUACCUAUUUUUUUUUUUCAUUUCAAAAUGAUGGUUUAUUUUCACAGAUUUUAGUCCUAUGGAUGUGGAUCACAUAUUUAUCAGAAUGUUGAAAAUUAUUUGACUGAAUAUCUUAAUAAUAGAGCCAUAAGAGAAAUUUCUCCAGACAACAACCUGUUGGGUAAAUUACUACUGAUGAUCUCUCUAAUGUACACUCAAUUCCAAGAUACUUUUACAUAGAAGUUUGAUCAGAAAUGAUUGAUAUAAAUUAUAUGCUUUUUAAGGUUACUUUGUCAUACUGUUUAAUACAUGAAGACUUUUGCUUCCAACUACAUUAGUUUAGUUACUUAAAAAAACAUCUAGAUCCUGAAUAAAAUCUGUUUCUGAAUGCAUUAGUAGUAGACUAAAAGAAAAUAGGGAAUUUUCAAGUGCCAUACCUCUAUUUUUGUCUGCCACAAAGGAGCACAUUUUGCAUUGGAUGAUAGUAUUAAGCAUACAGGUGGACUCUUGUCCAGUUGCUAAAUAGUAACACCAUAUGCAGUUUGUCUGGGACUAGAAAAGAGGGAAAUUUGAAAUCUGAUCUCCCACCAGUGACAGUGAAAUGGCCCUCAGCUCCCCUGUAGUUAAUGGUAGAAGUAAAAUAUAGGUCGAGGGCCCUCCCUGGUUGCACAACAGGUUAAAGCAAAGCACUGUGAAGC